CAAGCAUACGUCAACGGAGAAACACUACUCACCUAUCUCAACCCUGUUUAUGAGGCAGGCAGUGUCCGUUGACGCGUGCUCAGUAAAAUGAUAGCGCGAUAUUAAUUACCCUACCAGCUACCAGGCUACAUACCUAUCUGUAACCUCGGUCCCGUGAGGCCGAAUCAAUCCGGUUGAGCCAUUAAAGUGAUUUUGAUAUGGCCGAAAUCGCCGAUUCUGAUCUUCCGGAUUCUUUAUCAUCGACCCCUCCCGGCUUUGUUGCGACUCCUACGUUAUCCCUUCAAAGUAUAGAAGAUGAUUCGGACUCUAUUAUGACCGAGUCUUCUCCUAGUAUCCGAUCACAUCCUCGACAUAUUUACGACGACCCAAACCCCCCGCAUAGCAGCAGCAGCUCAGCUUCUCAUAUUAUAUCCUCUCCCAUAUCGUCCAGUGAUUCUAGUGAUUCCGAGGGGAUCGUUGAAGAAUUCAUCGACCAUUUUUACCCUGACGAAUCCUCGGUAGAUAGCGACGAUCGCCUCUUGGAUAAUCCAUACGGUCAUAUAAACAUCGAUGACGAUUUAUUUGCGUAUGACUCAGAAGAAAGCCUAUUUGUGAACGAUCGCGCUGAUAGAGACGGUGAUAUUGAUAUAUUUGAUCAACUAUCUCCCGAACUUUGGCCGCCGAGCAGUCCGGAAGAUAAUAACGCUGUAGAAAAUUAUAGAUCACCCAGGAUGGAUGGGUUUAGAGAGAUAGAGGGCCUAAGGGACGAGUUGGUAGGCUUUGAGGUAGAGCGGGCUGGGAACCACGCGGCUCGGAGACAAAGACAGCAGCAGCAGCAGCAGCAGCAGCAGCCGCAGCAACAGCCACCUCAAAGAGAACCUGAGGUGAUCGAUUUGACAGGUGACAGUCCUAUUCAACAUGCACCUCGAAAUCGUUUUCAGACUCUACGCGGGCGACGUUCACUACAGCGAGGCACCCCUCCCCGGUUAGAACGCAGUGAUGCUAGGUACAUGAACUCUCAUACCGUUAUCGACCUCGUUUCGGAUUCCGACGACAACGAACCCGCAGUAAUGCCGCAGCCUAGACGAAGCAAUCCACCUCCUCGAAAUCCUCCUCGCAAUCCUCCUCGAGAUGAACUUGCCCGAAAUCAAAAUCGACUACGGCAACAAAUGCACCCGGAUAUCCUACCCGGCCGCCACGCCCUUAAUCAGAUCCAACAUCUCAUAAACCAUAUUCCUCUAUUUCAUCUCCUCAAUAACCAAAACCCUAUGGCGAAUAACCAUGACGAUGAUCUGGUUAUGCUAGGUCAUCGUAAUGUAAUGCCAGAUGGGAUGCCGCAACCCAAUCUUCCCCCGGUGGACCUCGACUACGAUGCCCACCCCUUUCCGAUGCCCCAGCCCGCACCAGUAGGCGCUAGCCCGAAGCCUGCACAUGAGCCCCCGAAAGAGACAAGACCAGGUUUCACGAGAGACACAGGCGAUGAUGUCGUAGCUAUCUGUCCCAGUUGCGACCAGGAGCUAGCAUAUGAUCCGGAUGAUGAUGCGAGCAAUGCAGCUACACCUUCCAGAAAAGCUCGCACGAAGAAAGACAAGGCCGAGCAUCAUUUUUGGGCCGUCAAGGCCUGCGGACAUGUCUACUGCAGGAAGUGCUACGAGUACCGCAAAUCCACGGCCAAGAAUCGCGUCCCUGUAGGUUUCCGACCUGACCCCAGCGGCGCCAAAAACAAGGUGAUCUGCGCCGUCGAAGAUUGCAACUCGGAUGUGAGCGCGAAGGCUGCGUGGGUCGGCAUCUUCCUGUGAUGCAUUAUUUUCACAUUACUCCUCCGAAUCGAGUUGAUUUGGUCUGGUUCGGGGA